AAAAAAAAAUAAAAAUCUCCUCCCAGCUAGUGGCCUUGGACAAAUGUGCACCCCUCUUGGAGCAGAAAUGGGUUCCCCUAAAAUCUUCUAGGCACCUUUUGGUUUGAGGGUUACAGCAUUCGAGCCAGUCUCAUCUUCGAUUGUAUUUUCAGUAGGGUGCACUUUGUCGUGUGGUGACAGGUGAAUCCAGGAUCUGACCGUCCCUGCCACGCAUGCACCGCUGGAGCGCACGAAUCCAGUCGCACCGCCCUCCUGUUCGCCUGCUGCCGGGAGAAGCAGCGAGAGCAGAGAGCAGAGAGCAGACCGGAGCAACGAUUUCGACAGCUAGAAAUGCCCCAUGAAAUUCUUAAAGUUUGUCUUUUAUGAGAGCUGAAGGCAAAGAAUACAUCAAAACGCGAGAGGCGGGGGUGGGGGAGGAAAACAAAUCGCGCGGAGGUGCAUCAGCUGCUGCAGACAUUUCCAGCGGCGCCUGCCCGCCUGCCUCGGCUCUGUCGUUCGGGAUCGCGAAGCGCGUCGGAGCCAGUCCCGAGCCAAUCUAACCGUCGGGAGACGAGAGAGAGAGAGAAAGAAGAAAGAAAGAGAGAGAGCAGUCCACUUCUUCAGACAUCCCUGGCUGACACCUGCGUUUGGACCCCCGCAGUGUCUGCUGAUGUGAAGCUGAUACACUGCAGUGAGCCUGGACAUAUGAAGCCCAAGUUCCUACAGAUCUUAAUGGAAUGCAGCCAGAUACAUGAUUAAUGUCAAGCCUGGAAGACCCCUGCCACUUUGAUGUGUGAGCACACCCACCAAUAAUGGCCCAUAGCAUACACAGUGGAAAUACAGCUGAGGCAGACGUGUUCAUGUAUCCCGUCCAGGUUAACCUGCAGACUUUCUCCCACAAACACAUCUGACUUUUACAAGAUCCCAGUGAGAGUGUGUACAGCAUGAGGCUGGUGUGGAAAUCCCUGGACAAGAUGAGGUGUCUGAGGAAACGCUCCACUAUUCCCUUCCUCGGCUUCCUCAUCACCUUCCUCCUCUUCUUGAACCUCUACAUUGAAGAUGGCUACGUGCUGGAAGGGGAUAAAAGGCAGCUUAGGGAAACAUCCGCCCACCCUCCGAGCUCAGAACGAUACGUUCACACCUUCAGAGACCUCAGUAAUUUCUCUGGAACCAUUAAUGUCACAUAUCGUUAUCUCGCUGGAACCCCGCUGAACCGCAAGAAGUACCUAACCAUUGGACUGUCAUCAGUGAAAAGAAAAAGAGGAAACUACCUUCUGGAGACGAUCAAAUCCAUCUUUGAUCAGUCCAGUUACGAGGAACUGAAAGAGAUUGUGGUUGUGGUCCACCUGGCAGACUUUGACCUUGUCUGGUGUGAGAACCUAGUUCAGGAAAUCACCAGGAAGUUUGCUCACCACAUCAUAGCCGGACGCCUCCUGGUGAUCCAGGCCCCUGAGGAGUACUAUCCAUCUCUGGAUGGACUGAAAAGGAACUACAACGACCCGGAGGACCGGGUCCGUUUCCGCUCUAAGCAGAACGUGGACUACGCUUUCCUCCUCAACUUCUGCACAAACCUCUCUCACUUCUACAUGAUGUUAGAGGACGACGUGCGCUGCUCCCGGAACUUCCUGACGGCGCUGAAGAAGGUGAUCACCUCCAGAGAAGGUUCCUACUGGGUGAUGCUGGAGUUCUCCAAGCUGGGCUACAUCGGGAAGCUGUACCACUCCAAAGACCUGCCACGUCUGGCUCACUUCCUCCUCAUGUUCUACCAGGAGAUGCCCUGCGACUGGCUCCUCAUCCACUUCAGGGGUCUGCUGGCCCAGAAGGACGUGAUCCGCUUCAAGCCCUCGCUGUUCCAGCACAUGGGCUACUACUCCUCUUACAAAGGAGCAGAGAACAAGCUGAAGGACGAUGACUUUGAGGAAGACUCCAUAGACAUUCCUGACAACCCUCCUGCCAGCCUUUACACAAACAUCAAUGUCUUUGAAAACUAUGACGCCACCAAGGCUUACAGCACCGUGGACGAAUACUUUUGGGGAAAGCCUCCUUCCACAGGAGACUUCUUUGUCAUAGUCUUUAAUAAAUCUACCAAAAUUAGUAAGAUUAAGAUUGCUACUGGUUCUGAUGACCGUCAGAAUGAUAUUCUUCACCACGGAGCUCUGGAAGUAGGAGAGAAACUAGUUGGGACUAAAAAAGGGAAACAGUGUUCAUCUUAUAUCACAUUAGGGGAGUUUAAAAAUGGCAACAUUGAGGUUCAAGAUGUAGACCACAAAAUUGCCUUUGACAUUGAGUGUGUGCGCAUUGUGGUGACAGCCAGUCAGAAAGAAUGGCUCAUUAUUAGAAGUAUAAGUUUAUGGACUACACAACCUUCCAGCCAAUGAGGACUAUACAUAAAGACUCUUAGUAUGUCAUAGAGGGAAAGGUUUUAUUAUUAUUAUUAUUUACUAAUGUAUGUAUUUCCAGGUUUAUUUAUUCAUUUUAUAUCUAUUUAUUAUACUCAUUUUGAUUGCCAAAUCAAUCUAUAGUUUUUUAUACCUGCAACUUAGUGGAGCAUCUUCCCAGUCAUUCUUAAGGACUGUUCAACUGACCUCAGAGUAUUCAUAAACAUAUGUUCCAUAACACUAUUUAUUUCAGCUUUUGAUAGGUAUCCUUAACAUAGGGCUGGGCGAUAAUUCAGUAUUAUGUUUUGCCAACUUUUAGUGAUAUUGAAUUACAAUGAUAUAAUCAAUUUAUGUUAUUGUUUUACAACAUUCUUCUGUCCAGGAUAAGGCUUACAAUAUUCUAUACUUUUCUUACUGUCAACAAAUCCUAUUGAAAGACCAAAACCAACAAUGAACUGAUCCUACUAACAAGUGUUGCCAUGUAGUCAAAGUCUGUUAUAUCUUAUUCCUCUUUGUCAUAGACCUUCAUUGUUAAAAUCAGUGAGCCAUACCGUUCAACCUUUAAUUGUUCCAAGUAUAAUUAAGAAAAUUGUUAUUGAAGGUUUUGUUUUACAAAUUGUACAAAGAGUUUUGUCUGGUGUAAAGCAUAACAGUGAAACACAUUUCAUUGCACUGAACAUCAAUUUUAUCAUUUUAAAUGUGCCCAAAUUGUCAUACAUCAGUAUCAAUGUAUCAGUAUCAUGAUAUUAAUUUCAACCAUAUUGCCCAGCCCUACCUUGACGACAUAUUUGUAAGUCAUUAGAGGAUGAUGCAGUGAACCAAUCAUUUAUGAAUGUUUUUGAAGGCUCUUCAGAGAGGUGCUUCAAGUGAGGAAUAUAGACAAAUCUCACUUAGGUAACAGCGAACUACUGAUUUACUACAGUUUUGUUAAUUUUAUUACAAUUUACCACUGUUGCUUUUCUAAGUAUCAUGCACCACUAAUUAUUUAUAAAUGGGGGGAAAGGAUAGCAAUUAUGAAGCGUAAAUAUUUUUUAAAAACAGGUUCUCCUUGAAAAUACCAUAAAUUAAUUAAAGCUACUGUGUCUUUGACAACUUUCAUGACUGAUAUUGAGCCUGCAAAAGUGUAGCCCUGGAAUCCUCUGAGAAUGGCCCCAUUUGAUCCUUAAUUAUUUUCCUCUUCGAAAACCCACCAGGAAAGUAUCACAGGUAAUUGUUGCCUUGAAUAUUCAUCAUGUCACACCUAACUUUUUCAGGUUUAAAUAUUCUUUUCCAGUUUGAUCAUCUUCCUCAUUGUAUUUGAGGCAGGUGUGUGAGUAGACUGAGUGCUUUUACUAGCACUGUAUGUUCUGUCAGGGUUGCUGACAGGAGAACAAUGUUUGUUUUCACCCAUCUUCUCCAAGAGCUGAGAUUAGAUUGCACAGUGAAGAAUGGGCCAGGUCUGCUCUUAGGUCUCUUUUUUUUUCACCACAGCACAAUUUUCCCAGUAAAUUGGUCUGUGUUUGCUUCACUCUCUACACCAGCAAAACAACAUCUCCCCUGAAGCUAUAGGAUCUCAAUUCGUUCUUUCCCCAAUGUUGCGCUCUCACAACUCCAAUGUUUCUGCUCCUACAUGGUUGCCCCUCUGUGAUCUUUGCUCUCGGUUCAUACAGCCUGCUGCUGCUUUGGGGAAACUUGCUUGGCUUUCCUUUGAAGAUCCUUUUAAAAUUCCCUAUCUUGCUUUAUGUUGUUUAGCAGCAGACUUAGAAUUAGCUAAGAAUUAGCGCUACACGUGUUAACUCAUCAUCACCAUGAUGCUCAAAGCAAUUCAGAACCGUUCUUUGAAAAUAACCUUGUCAUUUUCCAUGUUCAUGUAAUUGUGAUCUGUCGGUGAGCAAUGUUCAGUGACAGAUUUGAGUCUACAUUGAAAUGGCAUCAAGAAAUCACUUAAUGCAAUAAAGAGGUAAAUGUUUACAUAACACUGACGUUCUUUAGGAACAUGAGGUGGAAGCAGAUCGCCAUUAAGCAUGCUGCAACAGUUUUGUAAAGCUUUGUUCUGCUGUUGCAAUAGCCACCUGUUCCGUGUUUUCCCUCAAGGUCUUGUUCAGUGUCACAGAUUGAGACCUUUCGCAGAUUGGCUUGUACCGCAACCUCCAAAUCCUUCCUCAGCAAAUCCCCUAUGUGCUAUCUGAAAUGAAAUUAGAAUGCCCACCACCUCACAAUAUGGCUUAUUGUUUUUCCUCAGCAUUUCCCUUGAAAUGUCGCCAUUCAUUUUGGUGAAUGAUUCCGUGACCUGCAUGGAUCAGCUCCUUAGAGGGGAUCUUGUUUGAAUGGAUGAUGCUCGGAAACACAAUCUACUUUGUGCUGCGUGUGUGGUAUUCUUUAUGACGCACACCAUGGUGCCAAUUCAGCCUAGUAUUACCUGCUUAUGAGCUAUAAACACAUGAUGUCACCGCAGGGCAGUUAGCUGUUUUACAAGUGUAAUGGAUGGCUUUGAUACGCCUCAUGCCCAAGUAGAGCAACCGUGUUGUGAGGCUGAUAUUUCUGGAGGAGAAAUUGCUGUCUGAUCUUUAUUUGAAAUAAGAUGCCAGCCAAAACUAGCUGCACGCUGCAGAUUUAUGGACAGAUUUACAUCUUGGGGAUAACAACAAAAGCUGCAUAAAUUCCUCAACUGGAUGUCAGCAAACUGCUGCGCACAGCAUUCUUUGCUAUCAGCAGCAUGUUUGGAAACCUCAAUCCAUACUAGGGCCUUGAGUGAAAAGUGUGCACAGGAUCAGUUAUACUGUACAUUUCACUUAAUACUUAAGAAAAAAACUGUUCUUACAGCUAGUAAAUGGCCAUCUUCACUGUCCAUUUGUCAGGAGUUAAACACUAACUGCAUUAGCAGAUCUCUGUGAGAAAAGGGGCAGAGGUUUUACUUGCAGGCAGGUAACUGUCUAAGUUUGUUUAAUUAUAUUGGCUGUGAGGGUCCGAUCCCCAAAGCACCAAGCAAGUGAUGAAUGUGAAUAUGAUGUGUGGAUCCUGAGUUAUUUGAAAUGUGAGCUGUCUUCCAGUGGAGCAUGUACAAAGUGCAUGAACAAAAGCAUUUUCAGUGGAUUAAACAACCCCUUUUGUACGUCAGGAUCUAUGAAUUAUUGUUCCGCUUCUGCUAAUGAAAUUGUACUGGGUUUGUACGUAGAAGCCUACCGAUACUACCUUACAACAGGUUCGGAGUUCACAUGUGCUGUAUAUUGUUAAGUGGAGCGAGUGUGUUAAGAUGUUGUUUCUGUGUCUAUUUUACUUUCCAUCGUUCUCUAAAUGGUACUGUAUUGUAAGAUGACAUAUAUUUUUUUACACGUAUUAUUUCAAAUGUUGUAUUGUAUAUAUUGUAUUUAACACGAAAUUAGAUUAAAUGAAUGAAUGCCAACUUUGUGGUGCAUUGACUGCUGAGACAGAGCUGUGUGCAAGAGAGCUCAAGAGAGCACAAAAUAUUGAAUAUGUGUCUGCAUUGUCAGGGCUUGAACAUUGGUUUGAAUGCCUUAAGGAAAACAAAACACUAUUUACAUGACCCUAAAUCAAAAAUGUUGUCCCUCUGUCUUUGCCUGAACAUGUUUUGUUUCACUGUUAAAAAUGUUUAUAAAUAAAAGUAGAACAUACA